UGAGGCUGUGUCCUGUGAUCUUUGCUCAAAAUGGCAGCAUCGCAUAUGCGAAACAGGUAUUACCAAGAGACAUUACAACCAGGCCAUGAGAGGCAAGAAAGAGCUCAUCUUCACGUGCUGCGCAUGUAAGGAGGAUGAGAUGGAAGACAGCGGGGCUGCUCAACAGCCCGAACAGAUGGAAGGUGUUGCCCACUCAACCAUGAUAGAUGCCAGUGAAGAACUCCCGCCACUACCAAGUAUUACAUUCAACUUGGAGUUCAGCCUUGGUACUUCAACCUCCACUGAUACCACUGCAGCGGACACAACAGGGGCUGAGCCGGACGACAACUAUGACAACACCGAGAACACCAACACCGAGAAUGAGCCUGACAACGCCUCCGCUUACUUCGACCUCAGUCGAGAUGGACCAACCCAUGUGCAGGUGAUUGUAGAAAACCCACUACCCGAUGCACCUCUAACAGAUACCAUCAUAGAAGACGGAGAGAUUAGUUGCCCAGGCCAAAAUGUACUGGCCCCGGGCUCACAGGCAACCACUAAUUUCCAUCCCUGGUAUGAGGUCGUGGAAGAGGGCACUGAGCGUAGAAAGAAGAAGUUGGUAUCUUCUGAUGGUAACACAUACGUUAAGAAGCAGAAACCUACUGCCAGAACUUGA